AUGAAUAAUGACGAAAUUAUUCCUUGUAAAGAAAUCGCCUUUGAUAAUGUAUUGCGUACUUAUGUCAAAGCCGAAUUACGAGAUGCAAAAUGUCCUGAUGAGACUACGUUUGAUCAAUUUGUUGCCCAAACUUAUGGUAAAACUGGCGUACCAACCGUUCUACAAUCACCAGCUGUAUGGAUAGGAACACUGAAACGAUUGUUAAUGCGUGUUUUAAGUGCUAAUACGAUUCAUUUAGAUACACCACUACAAUAUUAUCUCGAACGAAUUGAUAUGUGGAGUGGAAAUAUUACCGAAGAGCAUCUGCAAUCAGUGGAAAUUAAAGAGACAUUUUUGCUUCAACAUACUUAUAUUAUAUUAUGUGAAUUGGAUUCACGAGAAAAAGCAUUGUAUCAAACUGAACUACCUGUUACCACAGGAAAACCAAUACCAAAUAUUGAAGACAAAAAAUGA